AUGCCCUGUGUGCCUCCAAUAAGGAAGUGCAAGCGAUGCAAAGAGAAGCAACUAAAGUGUGACGAAACUCGCCCAAGAUGUGGCCGAUGCACUAGCGGCGGCAUUGAGUGUCCUGGCUAUAUCCGACACAAAUUUGUUGAUGAAAGUGCAAAGCUAAGACGUCAUGGCAAGACACUUAGAAGUCGCAAUGAGAGGAAAACCCCAUCCUAUCAAAAAAAUGGACUUGUAUCAUGGCGAGUUGAGAUGGGAGAUAGAAGAACCACAAGAUCCAUGAACUCCAACCAAGAUGUUGCACAAGCAAGCGAUGAUUCAUUUAUGCAACCCGAGGCUUUUGAGUCACAGACACUUGCGCGUGCCAGAGAAGAAGCUAAAGAUUUUUCCGAUCCCAAUGAGACGGCAUUGGAGAACGACCAGUCAUGUGUUCCGCAGAGGGAUUCUCAGCGGGUCUCAUGGUCGGCGACCAACAUCGAUGAAGGAAGAAGUGGGACGAGACCGAACCACCCAGAUAGCUCAAUCCUCUCCAAUGGUUCUACUGGAACCCCUUUGAUGCUGGAAGCCCCCAGAGAUGUUGGUCAGAGAGAGCCUGGAGAGUAUUAUUUACCGCCCCCGGGAGUUUCGCCCCGACAUGGUGAGCAGAGUGGUUCCGACCAUAUUUGCUCGGAACUCACCGGGAAUUUGUUGGAUUUGUCGAGCUCUGAUGACUUUUUCUCAGUCCAUGUGCCGAUCCGAGCUAAUGACAGCUCAACCCUAAGAUAUGCAAUGGCCAGUAUUGCCGCAAAACAUUUGGGCCGAGUUAAAAAUAGAAGAUAUUCUGCAGGGCACAAUGCCUCGGCAAGCCUUCAUGCAACCCAUGCACGAGUGGAUUGGUCUCCCCGGGCAGCAAAGUACUACCAACUGGCGACUGCUGGGCUGCACCAUAGUACUUCACUAGGUACCUUCAUUCCCAGCUCCAAUAUGGCAAUGUCUCCAAUUAGACUUGUUGAUCAGUGGAUGAGAUCUUAUCUUGGUCACUAUAGCUUUGAUGCACGUGAUGAAACCCCGAGGGGCAUCUCGAUAUUACGGAAAACAGAGGAGCUACUUGCAGCACUUGAAUCCGGAGGAAUGGUCGCAGCAGUUGUCUGGGAUUUUGGUUCCCUGUUCGAAACCAUUCAAAAACUGCAUAUUGACUCAAGCCCGGAGUUCUCUUCUGGAAUCAGAGCAGCUUUCUGGAACUUUGUUCGGCUAGAUCUCUUCAGUUCCUAUUUUAAUCGUGUUGCUUCAAAUAUUGAUUCGGAACGCCUUACGCUUUGGCGAUGUGCGGGCAUAAACAUUGACAACGAAGGCCGAUUUCAACUCCCACUACGGGAGGAAGCACUGGUCAGAGAGUACCAGGCUGCCAAUGGCGGGUUAUUGUUGGUUUUCAAAAUAGUGAAUUUCCUCGCAAAGCAAAAACAAGCACAAUUGGCUCGAUGGACUGGGCCGCCAUUGAGUCUGGAUGGUCGAGGUAUACCAUCUCCCAGCCAGAACCCAUUUCCCGAUCCAGCAGUAUGGCUUCGUCUGUGCUUUGAGCUCCAGGCCUGGGUUGAAUCGCUCCCAGAAACAUUCCGUCCUUUUCUCCGUGCAGAGGAGGCCGAAGAACCAUUCACAAUUGAAGGAAAGCCUAUAGAUCAAAUAUUCUAUGGGCGUCCAGGCGGUGCUGCAGCGAUACAGCACUACCACUUUGGGCGGAUUGCACUUCUGCUGAAUCAGCCCACAGAUCCCAUCAAUAGCUUGAGUACAUCUUUCGAUCGACUACGUGGGUACUGGGAAGUUUCUAGAGAAGUCGAGUUUCACAUCCGCGAGAUUUGCGGUAUCGCGCUGGGCCGGCCACCGGAUGCUGUGCGGAUAUUCAUGAUUCCAACAUUAUUUGCUGUUGGGCAAUGUCUGGAGAACCCAGGUGAACAUGCACUCGUAACCUACCUUCUUAGUUCUGUGGAAAUGGAUCUGGGGUGGGCUACUGAUUACACAAUCCAGAGACUGCAGGCAUAUUGGGCUAGUUGGCGCAACAAGUGA